CAUUCGCAGUAGCUUCCCUUUACAUAAACGCUUGGCCAUUUUACUUGCCUCGUAGCAAGCGAUCUUCAUGUGGUUAUAUCCCGGUAGUGCGUGUAAUUAGCAAGCAGAGCGCGUGCAUCCGUUACAUCUUCCAGCAUCAGACACAUGCCUACGCCUCGAUCUCUGCAGAACAGAGCAGGCGUUUGUUUUGUGUGCCUCAUUUACGACAGCAUUAACAACAGAAGACAAUAUUAAGGAUGGAUGUGAAUUGUGAUGCUGUGCUUGACAAUUUAUAUCUUGGUGGAAUCCAGGGACCCUUUAACUCGGAGAUUCUGCGUAGCCAGGGCAUCACACACAUUCUUUCAAUCCUAGAUCGUCCACUUCUUGCAGAACUUGUGGAAGGCUUCAAAUACAAAUUCAUUUAUGCCCUUGAUCUCUAUGAUACAGAUCUUCUUCAGGACAUGGAAGAGUGCUUGGAGUUUAUUGAGCAAGGGAGGCAAGAAGGAUCCGUGCUGGUACAUUGUCAGGCAGGUGCUUCACGCAGUGCCACUAUUGUCAUUGCCUACUUAAUGCGAGCUUGUCACAUGGCUCGGGAUGAGGCCUUGAGCUUUGUCAAGAAGCAACGGCCUAUUGUAAAUCCUAACCAGGGAUUCCUGGAACAGCUGCAGCUCUUUGAAAACAUGGGUUGCCGUGUUGACCGAAGUCAUGAGGAGUUCCGCAUGUACACACUAAACAAGUUGGCCAUUCGAAUCAAAUCAGGGGUUCACAAAGAAGCAAUUCCAGCCAACAUAUAUGUAUCAGAGACAGCCAGCAAGUCAUCUGAAGAUAUUGUAUACAAGUGUCGAAAGUGCAGGCGGCCAUUGUUUCGCCAAAGUGUUGUGCUGAGUCACAAAAAAGGGGAAGGAGAGUCGGCCUUUGAUUGGAGAAGUAAAAUUCCACCCAAAGCAAGUGAGAUGAAACCUGAAAAUCUUGAAGCAGAGUUGGAGGCCAAGUGUGAUAUUUCUCUAUUUGUAGAGCCCAUUGAAUGGAUGAAGGGAAAGAUUGAACAUAUGGAAGGCAAGCUGUCAUGUCCUAAGUGCUCUGCAAAACUCGGGUCCUUUGUUUGGUAUGGUGAGCGAUGUCCCUGUGGUGCUUGGGUAGCCCCUGCAUUCCACAUCCAGCGCAACAAAGUAGAUGAGGUCAAGCCACAUGCAGUUGCCCCAAUUCCUCAACAGCGCACCAGUCUACCUCCCAGCUACCAACUCCCUGUGGUGGUGGAUCCUGAAAACGAUGUUGAUGGAGCAAGUGUGGAUGUGAAUUCCCUGCCCCUGGCCUAGCACUUAAAAACUGCAGCUAGGAGAGUUGACAUGGGAGAGCACCAGAACAAAGGAUUUUUCUUUUUAUGUGUCCUUGGCUGCUCUUAAUGUACUGCUGUGUUACUGCCUAAAGUUUGGUUUUCACCCCAAGAUGCAGCAACAGUGGUUUUCAUCAGGUGCUACAAAACUUAUGGUGGAAUAAAAGGCCUUAUAGAAUGUAAGACUGUAUCAUUCCAUGGUGCCAUAACUUUUGAAAACUGAUGUGCAUUUUCCUUUUGCAGUGUUGGCUAUCUGUCAUUUGAAUUAGUUGCAUCUCUUAUUAAAGCCAUGGCUCUUACUCCUUGUAUGACAAGGUAUUACUAACAGGGUGAAAGCACUGACAUAGGAACAAGAAUGGCAAAUAUCAAAAUAUCAGACUGACUUCGGUAUAUGUCCCUUUUUUAUAUUUGUGUUUAUCAUUUUUUUCAAAAAGUUAAGGAUUUGCUUUUGUUAUUAAUUGUCCUACAAGACUUCGAGACUGUCGUAUAUGAUUGGGGUCUAUGAAAAUCAAACAUGACUUUCAUAAGAACUUUUUAAUUGGAAGGCAUGAAAGCUUGAACUUUUGCAGGAAAUAAAGAGAAGCAAAAGACAAGGCAGACUAGUUAAAUUAAUUAAUAAAUAAAUGCCUGGUGACAGGUGAUGUACAGCAACAUGCUUUUGUGGACAUGCCUGCAUUUGAUCUUAGUUCAAAUAUGAGGUCAUUGGUAGAUGGUCUGUCUUUGUUUUGCUGGGAUUCAGGGAAAUAAACUCAGUUGUAGUGAUUUAACCCUUAAAGUGCCAUCUGGGAUAAAUAAAGUUGUAUCAAAGUUGUGUGAAAUGAUGAGCUAAUUAUAUUCCUGAUUAUUUUAUAUAACUGGCUGAUUUUGCUGUAACUAAAUGACAGUGAAGCAUUUUAUAAACAAUACUUUAAGCUUUUAGUUUUGGGAUUUUUUUUUUAGUUUUUCAAGUGAUAAAUGGGCUAGCAAGAAAACAAUCUUUGAAAAUGGAUUGUAAAGCGCCUUGAGUCUUGCAGAUGCUGGAGAAACACGGUAUACAAAUAUACUCAUUAUUAUUAUGAUUAUUAUUAUUAAAAUGAAAAUCUUCAGUUUGCUGUUUUUCUAUUUGACAUGCAUAGCUGACUUUUACAUAGCUCCACAGCUGCUACCUGAACAUGCUUGAGUUUUCUGUCAGUCAAAAUAGUUUAAUUUCUUGUAUGUUGUGAUUUCUGAAGCCAGAACUUAGAAUGUCACACAAUGAUUUUGUCCUUUGUUUUUGUUUUUUUGUUUUUGUUUUUUUUUUUGUUGUUAUUGUCACGGUACUUUCUGCAUAUGGUCUAUUGUUUUGGAUCAGAUUCUUUUAUAUAUUUACUUGUUGUUAGGUUUUCUUUUUUCUGUGAUCACAAAUGAACACCUCAGUCCUAAUCUUGGUGUAUGCAUGAAUAAGUGUAUCUGCGUGUUUUUGGGGCGUAUAUUUCAGCGAAUUGUGUGUAUGUAAAAAGUACCUGAUAGCCAUGUUCUGUUUAUUCCGUAUGGUAACAAUUACAGAAGGAAAAUUAGAUGAUUAACUUUAAGGGUGAAAUGUUCUCUAGGAUUUUCACUAGCCUAGCAACCACAAAGAUGAUAUUAUGGUUUGUGAAAACAAUAGAAUGUUUGAUUUACUUUUGAAAAGAGUUUCCCUCCCCAUCCCCUCUUUCAGUCUCAUCCCCACCAUUGCUGAUGAAAACUAAAAAGUACUGCUCUGAACAUAUCCUGAUGUUCGCCUGUUGUAUUUUCUGCCAUUAUUAUUUCAAUACAUGGCUUCCAAAGUUGUGCUCAGGUAUUCAAAGGACCUUGCGUUUAUUAAGAAGUGUCAUUGAUCAUGGACAAGCAUUGAUCACUGCUUAAAAGUCACCUGUCAACAUGACAACCAGCAUCUACAGACUCAUUAGUUCUCUCUCCUGGACAUAUUGAUUAAUUUGUUGCUGUCAGUGGCCAGUUGUUGGCAUAGCGUUAAUUUUGCAAGCUAAGUGAAACAAAUGCAAUGGAUACCCAGUUAGAGAAUGUGAAAAUAAUGAACACGGACCAUUUAGAAUACCUCAAAGACUGAAAGAUAGCUUUAACCAAAUGGCAAACUGGUAGGGCUUCCUGAAGAUCUGCCACACAGAUACCACAUUUUCUGACAAGAAAUAUUUUGUUAUUUAAAGAUUUCCAAGAUCUACACUUCCAUAUAUAUAUUUGUUUGGACAAAAGUACUUAUGUUAUAAAUUUUUAAAAUGUUAGAAAGUAUAGUUUUUGUAUUUUCUGCUGUCUCUGGUUAUCUUUUAGGUAGAGAAGUUCUGUAAAUGUAUGCAUUUGAAGCAGAUUUGAGGUGUAAACUUACAAGGGCUAUCCUUCCUCCUGUGCUCUUAAUACCUGAUUUAUUACAGGAUAUAAGUGGCUGAAGGAGUGGGCAGGGCUGUCUUUGCAUAUCUCCUGCCUCAGUCACACUGAACCGCUUGUAGGCAAAUGCUGUAUGUGGUGGGAAGAACGAGAUAUAAAGUAUCGAUUCCUUUUGAAUUAUUAGAUACCUCCCUUGUCUGUUACUGAGGGUAACAGUGUUACAUCACUUAGCAGUUUUGUCAGAAUCGUUUUAAAGCCUUUUUCCCAUCUAUCAGCUGCAGAUUACCUACAAGGUUUUUCAUAUACUUCUAGUGUCAGAAUAUCCCUUCUUCCACUGUUACAAUUCAGUUUUGGAAAAUGCUUGCUUAAUUAUUGUAGGCAAGACAGGAAUGUAGCAUAUCAGUGUCACUGGGGGAUGUUGGCUAAAUGUUUUGGUGCAGGAUAGAAGCUUAAAGGUUAUUUAGAUAAAAAAAAGUUUGCAUUUGGAUUUUUUUUUUAACUUAUAAGUGUAGUUGCUUUUAGUUGGUGUUGGCUGAAAUUGAGAGCGCAAUGGACAUGGAAUUUCCUUUAUGGAUUUUAUGGGUUUGUUUUUUUUUAAAUGAUGAAAAAUCCUAUGAUGACACUACCAAAGUAUUCCACGUUUUUAGCAGCAUAUGGGAUUAGAGAGAUGUUGACCAAUAUCUGGUUUUGAACUGUCAUGUCUACAAACUGGUGAGCAGAAAUAAAAUUUACUGAGAAAUCUAGUCUUAAAUCAUGCAAUUAAGGCAUUAUCACCAGCACAAGCUGUUCCCAGUUUUUGGCACACAGCUGAUCAAGAGAUCUUGUAGAAGUUACUGAUAAAGCUUCACUUCUAUCAAAAAGAACUCUCAAAUAUAUAAGUGGAGUUCCACUAAAAAGUCCAUUGAUGCUUAUGUUAAUGGCUUUAUGCAUCACUUGCUUUUCUUGUGUGCCAAAACUAUUUGAAGUAAACUGUCUUACACCAUUAUAUGGAACAGGCAAUACAUUUUGUGACAUUUUUGAGGACAUCUUUUAUUGUCCUUCUAGUAAAUCUUGUGAUUUUACUGCUUCUGCUCAUCAUAACUUAUACGGCUCCUCUGCAUAAUAAUUUUUUUCAGUUUAUGCCUUCUCACUUACACAAACUACAGUGGGAAUCCUUCAUAAAGAAAGCCUUUUUCAUUACAAUCUCUGCAUAAUGUAUGGAUUUUGUUUUGGAAUAAAACUCUUGAAGCCAA